CCAUCAAUGUCAAACAUCAUCUAUGGCCAAACAUAACCCAACUUUAUGGCCGAUAUUUGAUUAUUUUAACGUGCUUUUAACGAGUUCAACAGCUGUAACCAGAGCCCAACGUUCUUUCAAUUAAAAAAGCACAAAAAUGUCAGUGUCCCAGAUAGCUGAUUUUUCCCAUGGAACGUCCAAAACCUUUGUGUUUCAAAACGAGGGGCACACUUUGGGCAACGCAUUGAAGGGAAUUAUUUCCAGCUAUCCUAAUGUGCAAUUCUGCGGCUACACAGUGCCUCAUCCUGCGGAGAAUCAAAUGCACCUUCGCAUUCAAAUGUUCAAAGGCCAGGCAAUCGAUGCCUUGAAAAAGGGGCUGGCGGAUUUGAUUCAAGUUUGCGAUAUCACGCUGGACAAGUUUGAUGAGGCAGUGGUUAGCUUUAACACCGCAGAUAAAUAACAUGUGUAGUUUUCAUAGGUAGAAUAUUUAAUAAUUGAAUAAAAGGGGAUGCUUACAGUCUGGUCUGAGGCAUGGCGGAUUUACUCGGAGUAAGUGAUUCACAAGUGCAACAGAAUGUGAUUAAAUAGAUUUAAUUUUGUACAGUUUCGGUCUAGUUUAGGUGGUCCAUGUUCAUAUUUUGAAUAAAAUGAUCGUUGUGUAAUAAAAUAA